AUGCCGGACGCUUCUAUGAAAGAGCAAAUUAUCGUUGCCGUGGAUUUCGGGACCACCUACUCAGGUGUUGCUUGGGCCUCAACGAAUAAUCCCGACAACCACACUGUCAUUAACAUCUGGCCGCGGAACAAAUCUGGCACUAUCAAUGGAAUGACAAGCGACAAGGUACCCAGCGAGAUUGCCUACGAAUAUGACGAUUCUGGACCAAAGUCUCUUUGGGGAUUUCAGAUUCCCUCCGAUAUGCCACGCGUAAAGUGGGUAAAGCUUCAGCUUGCUCCUGAACUCAAGCUCAAAUUUGAAACGCUCUUAUCCUCGACCUAUAAAGACCGCCGUGAUAACCCCAUUCCAUAUCACUCGACCCACGAGCAGGCUGUGACUGAUUAUCUCUGCCAUCUAUACGAGCAAAUCAUCAAGGUCCUGAAGACCCAGAAAUCUCCUUCCAUCACCAGCAAUGAUUUGAAAUUUGUCCUCACGGUCCCAGCGAUGUGGUCCGAAAAAGCAAAAGUAGCCACAAUCAAGUGUGCACAUGCCGCGGGUUUCGGUGAAGCAUCGGAUAUCCGUAUCAUUUCCGAGCCGGAAGCAGCUGCUGUACAUGCGCUAUGCGCGUCGAAUCCACAUGGUCUGGAAGUAGACGACACAGUGGUCUUACUUGAUGCCGGCGGUGGCACCUGCGACCUGAUCACCUUUUCAAUAGUUGAGCUAAAGCCUACGCUGCGUCUUAAAGAAGCUGCGCCAGGAGAUGGUUCUCUUUGUGGCAGCACCUUUCUAAAUCGGAAGUUCGAGGAGUUUUUGGAGAACCGACUUUCUUCUGCACCAGAGUGGGGACUGGACACUCUCAAUGGCGCCAUGGACCGAUUCGAGACAGCUGUGAAACGGGGGUUUGAUGGCAACCCGGAGGAAUUGUUCAACAUUACUGUUCCUGGAAUUCCAGACAACGAAAUCUUCGGAGUGAAGCGAGGACGCCUUCAGAUGACUGGAAGCGAGAUGUCGCAACUAUUCUUGCCUGUCCUCGGGGAGAUCAUUAACCUCGCAAAAAAGCAGGUUCAGAUAUCGAAAAAGGAAGUCAAAGCGAUCAUAUUGGUCGGGGGGUUUGGACAAAGCCCUUAUCUUCAGAAGCUUCUCAGAGAUUCGUUGCCUGAAAUUGAAAUAUUAGUUCCCUCAGAUGGUUGGACCGCGGUCGUUAGAGGCGCCUUGAGGAAGACUUUAGGAGAAAUGUCUUCCUCAGCACCUCAAAUACGUAUCGAAUCACGCAAGGCCCGAAAGCACUACGGAUUGCUUAUAAGGACGGAUUUUGAUCGAGCUGUUCAUGACAGAAACAAGAAGUAUUGGCACGAGUUCGAGGGAAAUUACGUUAUUGAUGUCAUGGAAUGGUUCAUCAAGAAGGGAGAGUCUAUCAAAGAAGCAAAACCCGUCAUUACCAAAUGGUGUAAACAUCAGCGGGUUAGCGAAGGACCAUUCGAUUCCAUCCAUGUCACAUUGUAUGAGCUGGACACUGAUACGUCGUCCUUAUACUUCAAUCGUCAAACAAAGCGACACGCAGUCUUGAAUCCCCAACUGGAUAAAAUCCAGAAAGACAGACUUGAAACCUGCAUUGGUGCAGAUGGCGAAGAGUAUUACGAAAUUUCUUUCGAAAUCCAUGCGGUCUAUUACUCGGCCCACUGCGAAUAUACACUCUGGUAUGAGGGCAAGGAUCACGGCCGGGUGAAAGUGGAUUACGUCUGA